AUGGCAAUUUAUGCUAAUGAUAGGUUGAAGAUGUGUCAGCUCCAGCAAGCACGUGAAUCACCGAUCAAAUACCUGUUGUUUAGCACUUGCAAGAGGGCAGGGUGGACAAGACUUACUGGUAGGACAUUAUGUGAAGCUCUUGUUGGCCUCAACAUUUGGGUUACUGUUCGGCAAACUGGUCACGUGCUGUUAAAAGUGUAG